CUUGUCACCAAAAAAAAAAAAACAAGCUAGAGGAAGUUAGUUGAAUACAGCCAUGUAAAAAGCUUCCGUAUUCAAACUGACUGUUUAGUGUCGUUUUAUUUUUUUAGAUUGAAGGAUAACAUAUUAUUUUAUCCGGUAACGUGUAAUUUUAUUAACAAACAUUAUAGUAUGCGAUGGUGUGAGUAGGGGCUCCAUGGCUGACAGCCGAUCCUCAGCGGAACGGACCUGAGAACAGAGCCGGGCAAAGAUACCUCGGACUCGGCUGCCCUAACCACCCGGUACGGCUAGUUCCUUAUAUAAAACCUGAACUAGCAGAGACAUCAGACUGACGACAUUGUUCCCCAGUAAAAGGAUACAUCAAAUUACGGAAUAAAUAUAUAUUUACUAAGCGACAGAACCGAGGUUUCGGGAUCCUGUGAGUCGAUAUUUGAUCCCCGGAGAAGAGGGGGGUUCCAGGAGUCGUGCAGCGCGGCUUGUUGUUUUUUCCAGCCAGGGGAAACGCACAGAAGCAGGAAUGCACGACGCGUUCGAGUCGGUGCCGAUCCUGGAGAAGCUGCCACUGCAGAUCGACUGCAUGGCGGCCUGGGAGGAAUGGCUUCUUGUCGGGACCAAACCAGGACAUCUCCUCCUCUAUAGAAUUAAGAAGGAUCCAAGCAGUAACAGGUUUGAAGUGACACUGGAAAAAUCCAACAAAAAUUUCUCCAAGAAAAUUCAGCAGCUGUACGUGGUGUCCCAGUUUAAAAUCCUUGUCAGUCUGCUGGAAAACAAUAUCCAUGUCCACGACCUGCUGACUUUCCAGCAGAUCACUGUCAUCUCCAAGGCUAGAGGGGCCACUCUGUUUGCAUGUGACCUCCAGCACUCCAGUCCAGGCGAGGCCAAGCUGAGGAUGUGUGUUGCUGUGAAGAAGAAGCUGCAGCUCUAUUACUGGAAGGACAGAGAGUUCCAUGAACUCCAGGGGGAUUUCGCAGCCCCGGACGUCCCCAAAUCCAUGGCCUGGUGUGAGAACUCCAUCUGUGUGGGGUUCAAACGGGACUACUACCUCAUUCGAAUGGAUGGGCGGGGCUCUAUCAAGGAGCUGUUCCCCACAGGGAAGCAGCUGGAGCCCCUGGUUGCCCCACUGGCUGAUGGGAAAGUGGCGGUUGGGCAGGAUGACCUGACAGUAGUGCUCAAUGAAGAAGGAGUCUGCACUCAGAAAUGUGCCCUGAACUGGACUGAUAUCCCCAUUGCAAUGGAGCACCAGCCCCCCUAUAUAAUCGCAGUGCUGCCUCGCUACGUUGAGAUCCGCACCUUUGAGCCUCGGUUACUGGUGCAGAGUGUGGAGCUGCAGAGACCUCGCUUCAUCUCCUCCGCGGGCCCCAACAUUGUUUACGUCGCCAGUAACCACUUUGUGUGGCGGCUGGUUCCUGUCUCUAUAGCGACACAGAUCCGGCAGCUUCUUCAGGAUAAGCAGUUUGAAUUGGCUCUCCAGCUGGCAAAGAUGAAGGACGAUUCCGAUGGAGACAAGAGGCAGCAAAUCCACCACAUCCAGAACUUGUAUGCCUUCAACCUGUUCUGUCAGAAACGCUUUGACGACUCCAUGCAGGUCUUCUCCAAGCUGGGCACAGAUCCCACCCACGUGAUUGGGCUGUACCCAGACCUGCUGCCCUCUGACUACAGGAAGCAGCUGCACUACCCUAACCCCCUGCCCAGCCUGUCGGGUGUAGAACUGGAGAAGGCACACCUGGCACUCAUCGACUACCUGACCCAGAAACGGAGUCACCUGGUGAAGAAGCUGAACGAUGCGGACCCCUCGCCCACCUCUCCUCUCCUGGAGGGAAUUCCCACCAUCAAGUCCCGCAAGAAACUCCUGCAGAUCAUUGACACCACACUGCUCAAGUGCUACCUGCAUACCAAUGUAGCCCUGGUAGCGCCACUGCUGCGCCUGGAGAACAACCACUGCCACAUCGAGGAGAGCGAGUACGUGCUGAAGAAGGCUCACAAGUACAGCGAGCUCAUCAUCCUGUAUGAUAAGAAGGGGCUGCAUGAGAAAGGCUUACAGGUUCUGCUGGAUCAGUCCACGAAGGCUAACUCCCCCCUCAAGGGCCACGAGAGGACGGUGCAGUACCUCCAGAGACUGGGGACGGAGAACUUGGGAAUCAUUUUCGAGUUCGCUCCCUGGGUGCUGAAAAUAUGUCCUGAAGAUGGACUGAAGAUCUUCACUGAAGACCUCACGGAGGUGGAGACUCUGCCGAGAAAGGAGGUCCUGUCCUUCCUCAAGGAGGGGUUCAAGGAGCUGGCCAUCCCAUACCUGGAGCACAUUAUUCUGGUGUGGGACGAGGUGGGACCCGAGUUCCAUAACUGCCUGAUCCAGCUGUAUCUGGAGCGAGUCCAGGUCCUGAUGAAAGAGUACCUGAACUCGCUUCCUGAGGGUGCGAGCCCAGUGGCUGCCGGGAAUGAGGAGGGGGAGCUUGGGAAAUUCCGAAACAAACUCCUGAAUUUCCUGGAGAUUUCUAAUAAUUACGAACCAGACCGUCUUAUCAGCGACUUCCCCUUCGACGGGCUGCUGGAGGAGCGUGCCGUGCUGCUGGGCCGGAUGGGGAAACACGAGCAGGCCCUCUUCAUCUACGUGCACAUCCUGGAGAACAUCAGAAUGGCUGAGGAGUACUGCCACAGACAUUAUGACAGGCUCACUGAUGGAAAUAAAGAUGUGUAUCUGUCUCUGCUGCGGAUGUACCUUUCCCCCCCAGACGUUCACUGCCUGGGGCCAAUCAAAAUGGAGCUGUCUGAACCACAGGCCAAUCUACAGGCAGCACUGCAGGUCCUGGAGCUUCAUCACAGCAAACUGAACACCACCAAGGCGAUUGACCUCCUUCCCGCUAACACCCAAAUCCAGGAGAUCCGAGUUUUUCUCGAAAGCGUUCUGGAGGAGAACGUCAAGAAGAAGAGAUUCAAUCAAGUUCUCAAGAGCCUGCUGCAAGCGGAGUUUCUCAGGGUUCAGGAGGAGAGGAUUUUCCACCAGCAGGUGAAGUGCAUCAUAACAGAAGAGAAGACAUGUCGCGUGUGCAAGAAGAAGAUUGGAAACAGUGCAUUUGCCAGGUACCCGAAUGGUGUGGUGGUUCAUUAUUUCUGCUGCAAAGACCGCAGCGCCUGCCCAACAGAGCUGUGAGCUACCCCCAGCCAUGAAACUCCCUGCCCGGGCGACUCAGAACAACAGAGCAAAGGGAAACUAGCCUGCUCUGAUGGGGAAAUCAGCAGUGCCUUGAAGAGCCCGGAGAUUGUAGACAGGAUAGUGGGACUCCAGUGGACUGGGGGGAUCAGUAUGUAAGGUGGGGUUAUCGGUGUCCUAGCCAAGGCUUUAAAAUCUCGCUUAGCAUUUGUUCCCCUUAUUGUACUGAAGAUUUUUUGUAUUAAUUAAUUUAUUUAGAGAUAUUCACCCCACAAUAGAUUUGGAAAAGGUGAACACUUCUAUAGUCUAGUCCACGGACUUCUGUAAAAUGGCCUUGUCUUUGAAGUCUGUAAAUAUUGCGGCAUCGCGAGGAGGAAUCAUUACACUGCUGAGUGACUAAUGCCUCUCAUCUCUAUAGAAAAACGCACAUUUUUUGGAUCAAUCAAUCAGUUUGUUGGUUUGACCACAGAAAGUGAUAAGGUACUAGGAAGCAGCAGUUUACAUCUUUAAAUCUGUAGUGAUCUUUAGCACAAUGGUAAGGGGGCCAUUGGAAGCGUUUCCAGUGCUGAUAGGCGUUGGGUUUUUUAAGCUGUGGUUAUCGCUCUUGAAAUGGCUGGAGGGCACAAAGACACAGUCACGCUUUUCCUUGUUCCUCUUAAAAGCCAAAAGGAAACAACUUUAUAUAUGCACUUAGUACUGGGAAUGUAACAAUACAAUAUCACAAAACAUGUGAUGGUCCUAAUGGGCUGCUUGUAUGAUGCAUAGUUAGAUCAUAUGAUCAUUCAUUAUUACAAGGUGAACUGUUACAUCACUACUUAGUACCCCUUUAUUUAAAAUGCUGGCUUUUUGGGGAAUUUUUUACAGUAUUUGAAGUUUUGUUUAGGUUUUUCACCUAUAGAGGCCUGAAUUGCUAACUCAUAUAUGUAUCCAUUUUAAAGUAUUUUCAAGACCAUUCAAUCAAAAAUGAUCAGCUUCACAUGACGGCACUGGUAAGUCAAACACAAAGGCACUGAAGAAGGUGGAGGGGAUUAACUUUUUGUCUUGGUUGUUUUAAUUUGCCAUAUUUCAAAACAAACUUCUCCCUGGACGUUGGCUAAGAAGUUAAAGCUUCAUGUUGCCAAACUCACCUGUAAUCUCUAGAUUAUGUAUGUUGCCAAUUUGUUAUGUACAGGGUGAUUCAAAAACACAACACCCCAUAGGCACCAUGGAGGACAGAGAUAGAUAAUCCGGUGGCUUCACAGACCCCGAUUCGCUGUAUUCAGUGUUACUGUAGGUAAGAAAGUCCAGGAGUGGUGCUAAUCGGAUCUAUGAAACCAGCUGGAAGUGUUGAUCACCGCUUUUGACCCGGCUGGAUGCUUCAUGGGAGGCCUGUGCUGCAUUAAGAGCACUGCCUAAGAAAACUAAUUGCACAGGAUCUUCAGCUCCAUAAGUAUUCCUGUCCGUCAUCACUGUCUACUUGUGUCCCUGAAACCAAGCACCUUGUAGAAAUACGAAAGGAACAUUCUGGAGGUUUCCAGCUGUUUUUAGUCAAACCUCCAUUUUAUCCUCCCGAGACAAAUGGUUCUUUUGAUAUCUUGUGCAGUGCCUCGGAAAUUAAAGACGUCUCCGUUCGUAACACCCUCCAGCCCAAAAACUAGAACAAUAAUUUAUAAAUGUGUAUGUCAGGUGUGACACAGACACAGCGAGAGGGGUUUGUACAGUGGUCUAUGUAAUAUAGUCAACAUUCUGGGAAGAUUGUAAAGCGUUCUUUAUAACUACUGUAUGUAUUCAGUGUAUGUAAAUGCCUUUAUUGAUGAUUUAACAUUAUUACUGCUUCUCACAGAGCAACUGAAUAAAGUGGUGAAAAUUUCACUGUUGUUGCCUUUCAUUGUAAUUUUCAAUGUGUGAGGAUAGCCAUGCCAGGUCUUUGUAUUUAGAACCAAGCCACAAUAGUACUUUUAGCAGAUUUGAAUCUACAGCCAUCGACACUGAUCUCAUUUGGUCAAUAAAAACAGCACACUAACGGGAUGAUCCUGUGAUUAGCAUAGGGGACAGUAACGCGAUGAUCCUGUGGUUAGUACAGGGGACAGUAACGGGAUGAUCCUGUGGUUAGUACGGAGGGCAGUAACGGGAUGAUCCUGUGAUUAGUAUAGGGGACAGUAACGCGAUGAUCCUGUGGUUAGUACAGGGGACAGUAACGGGAUGAUCCUGUGGUUAGUACG